GGUACAAAAAACAAAACACGUCAACCACCAAGUGUCGUGACGGACCUGAUGUUUCCAUGAUGCUGGCAACUGCUCUGCGUUCUACUUUAGAAUCCAUUUGCCACAGGAAUAAGGAAAUUACGGGUUGAGCAAGCAAAGGCUACAUGGGCAUGUUCAUGUGCUGUAUCUAAUAUUUGUUGUGUUGUUUGUAAAGUGUUAGCGUGCUGUUGUCUUGUGGAACUUUGUUUAUUCGUUACUGGCAACCCCCACUCGAUCUCGACAAGCACUGCUUCUUGGGGGCCCCCUAUCCACAUAUAUACACUUUGUGAAACUGUUUCUACGGAAUAAUAUUAUGUGGAAAAUAAAGUAAACUGAACCGAACUGAAACAACUAUUUACAUACAUAAAUCAUGUAAAUAGCCAAAUAUGGUCCGUAUUUGCAUACUCUAAAAAGGCUGAACUUCUUAUUAUUUAUGUUUGCAUCAACAGAAUUUUAUCAAGAUAAGUAUUGUAUAAAUGUCAUGAUAUCAAUAUCAGCAUUUAUCUGGCAUAACCAAAACAUUAGGAGUUUUCCCGUGAACCCUGCAUGUACAGUACAGUGUUCUGGUUGCAUCCACUUGCAUUGUCACCAAAGCCAGGGGACCCAUUUACCCCCCAGAACAGUGGGGUUCGAAGGUCGCAUGCACGGAAGUUUGAAAUUUUUGAUACUGUACACGUAUCAAAUUCAACAGUGAUAGAAAUAAACAGUGAAAGAAAUGAAAGUUGCAAAAACAAUACUUUUUUCAGUUAAUGUGUGCAAAACUUUCCUGUCCCUCCUCUCUAUCCAACUUUCAAAAACCCUUGUUAAUUUAUGCCACCCACGGGGGACAGCGGAAUCUCCCCCACACACACCCACACCCACGAGAUAGCUAACCAGAACCCUCAACCUUACUGAGGUUGACACCCAUUUGCAUGUAUAUAUCAAUAUAAUUUCUGUAAAUCACAUGUUCACAAAUGUGUGACAUCACAUUAAUAUACCCCUUGGACACUGAAUAGCUGUGUUCUCAGCAACAAAGUCUGUAGGCGGUAACUAUUGACUCAGUCUCCAAAGCUCAAUAGGCCUACACAGCCCAAGUGUAAACGGCCCGGCUAAUCCGUGUCCACAAACAAGCGUGGGGGUCAGAGGGGAGGGGAUGUAUGUGGGAGGUGUGGGCGUGCGUGUACAUGCAUACGUGCUGUGUAAGUCUCCGAGAGCCUGAUGGUCUACACCAGAACACAUCGUGUCACACAUGGCUUCAAAAGAGUCGUGGACAUGUACAAGUACUCUUGGGUGGCUACAACCUGUUUGAGUGCACUUGACAUGGCUAUUCAAUCAAGGUAUCUACAGUGAGUUAAGUCUGGUUGUAAUAAGCUUCGUUGUGCACUCUGCUGCGGCAUUGCAAGAGAGGUGAGUUUGUGUAUGCAAGAGUGUAUGUGGAUGACUUUUCUGACCGAUAUCUGAGUUCGUCAUUCAUCGCUGGUUGCCAAACUGUGUUAAUACAAACAAAUAGAUGGCGCUGUAAGAGGAUUUGAAGGGCAGAGCUUUGACCAGGGUGUCAUUAAAAUCUGUACACAAGAUGGAUUCUCAAACAGGGAAGAGAUAUCCAUCCACGUGUGUGUGGUCUCACCAUCUUGCCUCAAAGACGGUGCUGUUUGGUUUUCAGGUUUCUUUAGACGUUUUAUUGUGAGUUCUUGGGUUCCAGUCCAACCGAUUAGCCCCUUGUGUGGAGCCUCCAUGUUGGGACAAAAGCACCGUUUUAGCCCUCCCUUGGCGACACCCAUGGGGCUUCUCAGGCCCCCUGCUCAAGGCCCGUGCCCCUGUUCCCCCCCCUCAGAUAUUAGAGAUGGAAACAACUCAGGUGGUAGUCUUCCUUGGUCAUUGUUUUCACUGUAACUCAACACAUAGAGUGCCCCCUAGAGGGCCCCCAUGUUCUCCUGCAAAAUGCACCCCAUUUACACCCCUGCCUAAGAUCCUGCUAGUUCUUUUCCUUUCAGUGAAUAAUCGCAAGGUCAUGAUUGCAAUGCAAAUCAUUGCUUUUCGAUCCCUGCGUUCCCACCCCCCAUCAGGUGAUGCAACCACCGUUAGGCUAUGGGAUCAGCUAGCACCAAGAAGGGGACAUCAGAGGUCCAGCACAGUGAACUCGACAAGGAGAAGAACAACGUGAAAGAGAGCAGGAAGGAUAUUUCUGUUGAGAAUCAUCUUUCUUCUGAACCAACUGUUGCCAUGGCGGAGAGUAAACAAGAACAGAUGCCUACCAGCCCUCACCUCCCUCUACUCAGCAGGACACCAGAGGGCGCUCUUAUCCCUCAGGCACUCCCCGUCAAAGAGGAAGUGGAGGGCUUUGAAACCGUCUAUUCGCUGUACAAUCUCUUUAACGACGGUUUUCUCGUGCCGUUCAUACACUGCCCUGAAUACAUGCUGAUUUUGGAUGCGCGAGAGCACGGCCAAUUCACAGAGUCCCACAUCAUCACGGCCAGGCCUCACACUGCCAUUGACACAGACUACGACUGUCUGUUGGAGGCUGGCAAACUGAGGAGGUUCACCCACAUUGUGCUGUACGACGAUCACAGCACCGUCACGGAAACAAGCCCGGUGUUACAAAGCUUGGCAGAGAGGCUACGGGCACAAGAGCUCGACCCUGUCAUCCUGAUCGGGGGAUUCCUAGCAUUCCACGCAGCAUAUCCGUUUUUGUGCAACAAGGAGCUGAUCCGCAAUGAGCGGGACCGGAGUCGCGAAAUCCGCACCUAUCCCUCAGAGGUCCUUGAGGGAGCCCUGUAUCAGGGCAACGCCAAACACGCCAACAGCCUGGAGAUCAUCACCGAUCUGGGCAUCACCCACAUCGUCAACGUCACGGCCGAGUGCGACAACGUCUUCGAGGGCAAGUGCAACUACCUGCAACUGAAGUAUGCCGAUGAGCUCGGCUCAAACAUGAAGCGCCGGCUGCCGGCCGCCGCAGAUUUCGUAGCCGAGGCUCUCCGCAAGCGAGGCCGCGUCUUGAUCCACUGUGCGCAAGGGAUCAGUCGAAGCUCGACCAUCACUCUGUCCUUUCUGAUGAAGUACCGCGCCUGGAGCUUUGCCGAUGCAAUGACCUUCCUGAAGAGCAAGCGCCCCAAGGCGAGGCCCAACAGGGCCUUUCUGAUACAGCUGGGUGAUCUGGAGAGGGAUUUGUUUGGGAAGAAGAUCAGUGAUGCGGAUGAGAUUUGGAUGAACUUAAGCUGAAGAACUGUCAGACCUGGGCAUAGUGCAUUUAAUUCUAAGGUUCUUUGGGUAAUUUCAGGGCGACAGAAGGGCAAAGUGUGCGAAAAUUUGUUCUCGUGAAAUAGCAAAAGGACCACUGAUACAAAACUUGUAGCCCCAACUUGUCGCAUUUAAUUUAUUAUGAAUGCUAAUGAAUGAAACAACACUAUUUAUUUACCAUCAUUCUGCUCACAGCCGUGUUAACAUUCAUAAUUAGCAAAAUAAAAGAAUGGAAAUUUAAAGCUGGUGUUAAAAGUAGCACAUCAGUGGUCCUCUUGAUAUGUGAUUGCCUAAAGUAUUCUCACAACACCUUUUUGACAUGUAUGUCGGAAAUGUUAUUCUAUUAUCAGCAAAUCAGGCAAUCAAAUUGGCAGAUUGCACAAAGAUUAGGCAAUCCGCUCCGAGCGGAACAAAAGAGGACGUUUUUUUUUCUCACUGCACAGGCGCGCCACGAGGCACGCAAGUAUAUGCGUGUUUGACGCGGAGCACGCUGAGUACGCGUAACUAAUUUAUUUCUGCAUGUAUGGUCUUUGCGUACACGCAGAAUGCGUGCAAGAACCCGCAUGUAACCACUUGUCUUUCUUUUGCUGAUUUGGGUUACACUUCAACUGGGGACGAAUACGGGCGAUUCACAAUAGUGCACUUGCAAGAGUUUGAAACGUGUUGGCCAAUCACAAUGUGCGAAACCUGUCGACCAUUUCCAGACGCGCACAGGGUCGACAGAUUUCGAGCACUGUGAUUGGCCAACACGGAGCAAACUCCUGGAGGCACAGUAUUGUGAAUCGCCCGUGUGACACCGAUUGACUGAUUGUAUCCAAUAUUAUGUAUAAAAACCAUACCAAACAACCCUAUGUGUAGUUGAUCAUGAAAUCUUUUCACUGUCAUGUUGCACGUAAUAGGAAUCUCUGGUGUACGUGUUUUGCUGGAAAACAGACAUUACAUAAUCAGAGGUUAAAAAGUUGGAAUAAGAUUAGUUUACGCACCUGCUACCAGCUUGAAGUGAGAUUUGACUUAAUUGCACAAGAUGUUACAGUAGGAACGUUUUACUAGAUGGGUUGAUAUGCAGAUUGAAAAACCAAUAAAUGAUCAACUAAUUAAAAAAUGCUUUUUUAUUUAAAAGCACUGUUUAAAUGUAACUUUUUUGAACAUUUUAUAUUUUAUAACACGGGGAGGUUGCAAGGAAGGUGAAUGUUUAAUCAUGAACCUGAUCAAUAGAGAUAGAUUAAUGUUAAUGAUUACAUUAUUGAUUGAUCAUUAAUUUGUAUUUAUAGUAUUGAUACAAAACACUGUUCUCUGACUUCAUGCACUGUAUACUCAUACAUGUACUUUGUUUAGCACGUGUAAAGUGACUCGCUUGUAUAUACUCAAGUUUUAGAUAUAAAUGUAAUUGCAUGAUCAGAAUGAAUAUUACUCGCAGCUGUUAACGUUUGCUUUAUGUAAUCAUUUCUUAGCUCAUUGCUCGUAGUUCUCGUUCAUUCCCGGCGCAAUUCACAAUUAUUGUUCCUUUUUACAAUAGGGUGCCUCCAAAAGUUUACGACACGUUGGCCGGUAACAAAGCACGAAAUCUGUCGACCCUUUCCAAACACGCAUUGGUGAUUGGCCAAUGCGUUGCAAACUCUUAGAGGCUAUUGUGAAUCGCCCGUAUUAACUAACUGUUGUGUUAAUUAUUCACUUGUGUUUCAAUUGAGUUCAAUUAAUUGCAAACCACUUUGUGAAAAGGGCUUCCUGUUAGUAAGAAAGAUUCGGUCAAACAAAUUGCGUGAGAUUUGGAAAAUGCAAAGUGGUUCCCUAAUGUACAUUUAAAAUCAGCAUCUGUCUGAACCGUUGAUGUGCCCAAUAUUCUGUGCAUCAAGAAUAAUUGACCUUUGUUUAUUCUGUGACAGUGCUGACGAAAACACGUGAUUUUGAGUCCUCUUGGACUCACUAGUUUGAACAAAUUUUUUUUCACAUGAAACUUUCAUAUUGGUCACAUCAACUCAGUUUUUGAGCCGAAUGGAUUCCCCCCACACACACAUUUCUCCUCGAUUUGAAUUUAAUUCACCUCCAAGUGGGUUUCAUUUUGGUUCAUUUUUUAAAAUAAUGUAUAAAAAAACGUAUGCGAAAUCAAAAAUGAUCAGCAGAUAUGUCGGCCUCUAUUUAGCAGGCCUGUCUUGGA